AUGGCCACUGUCCCAAUCACAUCCCGCAACGCCUAUCGCCGGACCGACGACUACACGCCGGGCAAACCGAGGGUGACGCUCGUGACAGAGCCGUUACAGCUGCCCCUGGCUGCGACGUCGGUAUUGAUCAGAGUCCACGCCGUGUCUCUCAAUUACAGAGACGCCAACAUCGCCAACGGCGGCAACCCCUGGCCAGUGACCCCGCAUGGGAUCCCGUGCAACGACGCCGCUGGGGAGAUCAUCGCCGUCGGCGAAGGGGUUCGGAGCCUCAAGGUCGGGGACCGGGUGGCGCCGAUUAUCGACACGGAGAAUCUCACGGGUCGAGAGGCGACGCGCUCGUGGUUGGCGGCCGACGAGGACGGCGUGCUCGCGGACUACCUCGUGUUUGGCGAGGAGAAGCUCACCAAACUGCCGCAGCAUCUGGACUGGGUCGAAGCAUGCCUUAUUCCCUGCGCGGGGGUGACUGCAUGGACUGCGAUCAAGGAUGUGGGAGUUGGAAAAAGCAUUUUGAUCCAAGGCACCGGCGGCGUCGCGAUGGUCGCACUCAAACUCGCCCGAGCAGCCGGGCUCAAGGUGAUUCUCAGCUCGUCAAGCGACGCCAAACUGGCGAGGAUCAAGAAGCAGUUCUCAGACGACCGUCUUCCGCUUUUCACCGUCAACUACGCCCAAAACCCGCAGUGGCACGAAGAGGUCUUGAAGCUCACGGACGGCGCCGGUGUGGAUUUAGUGGUGGAGAUCGGAGGCACGCAGAGUUUGGUCAAGAGUAUGAAAUGUACUCGUCGCGGCGGGAUCAUCAGUCAAGUCGGCUAUCUGAGCAAGCAGAACCUUGACGACCUCGCCGAGUUUCUGCCGCUUCUCAUUGAUCGGAGAAUCAUUCUGAGAGGCAUCAAUGGCGGAUCGAAACUCGAGCAGGAAGAUCUCUGUGCCGCCUUGUCUGCGACGCAAACAACAUUCAAGGACAUUAUAGACAAGGUCUACGACUUUGCACAGGCCGACGAGGCAAUCGAGGAUAUCUGGCAGGCUCGGCAGGUUGGGAAGCUCGUAAUCCGGAUACCUUGA